UGUACAGGAAGAAGUGCAUUCAAAAUAUUUUUGUAUUUUACAGAAUGAAAGUAUUUCACAAAUGUUAUGGAAUAUAUACACUUUGAAAAGGUUUGUACCGAAUGUUUAAUAUCUGUAGUUUUUAAUAUAAUGUUGAUUUAUUAGUGUUAUUUUUAAUAAAUUUGAAAUUUUUCUCUUAGCAAGAAGGUUCUCUAUGUGCCCAGCAUUGUCUGAACUCUCUGCUGCAAGGUUUGGAUAGAAACUUAAAUAGAUUACCAGAAUUUUAGUUACAUAAGCUUGUGUUUCACCCGUUUAUAAUUGUCAAAGCUUUUGUUGUAUGUAGACAAAAUAAUAAAAAACAUUUUGUCUAACUUGAAGUGUCUAACUUGAAGUACUAUGUUUAAAGCAUCAUAAGUUGACAAGUUUGAACUUGCCUCUGAUAUAAAUUGUCAUUGGCCAUAUGUAACAAAACUUUCUGCUGUGAAUUGGAACUUAUGAAAUUGGAACCCUAAUCCUUCAUCCCUUGCCGUUUUGUUUUGCAAAAUACCAUAAGCCCCCAUACAAUGUCAAUGGUAAAAUUUAAGUAACAAGAAUAUAAUAUAUUGGGCAUCUAAAUUCUCAAUACAAUAUCUAUUUCCUGUUCUAUUGACUUAAGAAAUUUCAGUCACAGCAUUAACUACACACAAGAGCUCUUGGCUGAGCUAACCCAGGCUAUGAGAGGUCAUAGCUUAGCAAGGUUCCACCAACCUGUUGUAACGAGGAUUCCUUCCUUUCCCCUCUUUCACUAGGUCCAUAUUUUACGCCGGUUGAUUUGGCACAACAUGCACGUGAGCUUGACGAGGCUGAAAGACAAACCAUGGCAGAGGGGGAUAUCAAUUCUGCUGAUUAUGUUAAGUUUAUGAAUGUAUGUCCUAAACUAAACUAACUUUAUUUAUACCCAGUACUGGAUAGCUCAAUCAGUUCUAAACUGUUCUCCCUAGAGGUCCAGUAAUUAAGAGUCGUCUCUUAUUGAUCCAGUGUUACGUCAAGAAGACUGAAACCUGAACUAAACUAACUUAUUUAUACUAGAUAUAGCUCUAUUAGUUCUAAACUGUUCUAUCUAGAGGUCUGGUAAGAGUCAUCUCUUAUUGAUCUGGACAGUGUUCUGGAAUAUCUAGAGAAAAUCUGCAAUGUUUGCUCAAACUGGAAACACUCUCCACAUGCAAUGGAGGCAAAAAUCCUCAGUUGCACAGGUGUAAGGUGGGGGGGUGAAUAGGUUUUCAGAUCGUCGGAUUUCACAGAAAAAAUUGUCCGGAUUUCGGAUCUGGCGAAUGUUUUACACAGAUUUCAGAUCUUAUUAAUACAGCAGAUUGCGGAUUUAUCUAAUAUUUUGGCGCGGAUCGCGGAUUUUGCUUCAAAUCAGUGGAUUUGUAUACCCCUAUUCACCCCCGCCCUGUAAGGCACCACAUUUCACAAAAUGAACGAAAUUCAUUGAAUUAUACAUUUUGCAGCAACCAUCGUCAAAUAUGGAUGAUAGUGGCUUCUUCUCAAUCCAGGUACUGUUAGUGGUGGUAUAUCUUUAAAUCUGAAAAUCAUUGUCAUGGAAUAAUAAAAAUUACAAUUGUUCACAUCUUCUAAAAUUAGCCUGCAAAGCAGAACCAAGCCCGCGAGUGCCUGCUUUGCAGGCUAAGAGUGAGUUUCCAAAGUAUUUAUUCUCUGGAAAUAUAAUAUUUUUAUAAAUUUAGUGUUUACUGACAUAGGUAAUCUGUAGAGCAUUGGAAGUCUGGAAUCUCACUGCUAUUCCCUAUUCAAGUCCAAACGUCGAAAGCGCAAGACAAAACCCAGCGUAAGAUAUGUUAAAACUACAAGUGUAAUGCAAUAAUCUUUUCAAUAAUCUUUGUAAUAACUGUAACACAAUGUCAUCAAUUGCUGUUGAUAAGGUUAUCAAGAUUUUGAGCCGAAUUUGUACAGGAAUUGCCUCGCAUUCAUUGUCAACUUUAAUAUUAAAUAAUAGUAACACGAAAUAGCGCUAAUUGUACGCACGUAACGCAAGGACACGCUUUUUUUCCCACGAGUGCACGCAUUUACAGCGCAACUGAACAGACAUGCGCACAUGGUGUACAAUACAAUACCAGGUACACUACAAACAACACCCCUACAACACCAACUGCAUGCAUCUGCAACAGAAGUAACAGAAAGUACAAACACAUCUACCGCAAAAUAUACGCAUUUAUACCACUAAAGCCCGGCUUACACUACCCUCAAUUUUUGGUACGGCACGGAUAAAAUUGGUACCCGUACCACUUUUUUGGUUCUUGGACUACCUAUUCAGAUAGUCCAAGAACCAAAAAAGUGGUCCGGUACCAAAAAUUGAGCGUAAUGUAAAUGGGGCUUAACUACUGAACACAUAUAGACACAUGCAAAGUUCAAACGGCUCGAGUAUUACGACUAUUGUACUGUAAAUUACACACAUCUAUCUAAACGCGACUAUAUCUCAGGACCCGAGUAUGUGGUAGAAAUCGCAGCAGAAAUUGCAAGUGUAAACGGGCUUAUAUUAAUCGUAAACUGCGGCGGACAAGCGAGACUAUACAGUGCAGCGCAGACUACUUGGUCACCGCAAAAAGCUCCAAGUCUGCCGUAUCACUGAACAGCAACGUUUACUUCACAUUCAUAUAUUCUACAUUUUUAUUAGCGGUGAAAAAGCGUUCAUUUGUAAUUUACAACAACAUUGGUUUACCAUUCGAAAGUUGGGACGACAGGUAUCUACGAUGUCUUCUAAUUGCAACUUCGUUAAUUUGUUCUCUAAUUGAUACAUUUUCCAUCUGUUGUGUAGUGGUUCAAUCUAAAUUCGACUGCAUCUGGUCCUGAACUAAUAUCAGAAACAUAUCUUUCUCUCUUUUUAACACAACUGCAGAAUGAAGGUAUUCAUUCUAUUUUAGCUCCAUUUAUAUUGGACGGGACGGACUCAGGCAAAGAAGAGAUAGUUCAUCUAAUAAUUUGUCUGUGUACUUCCUACCCCCUACAGGUUAUUCAAUCUUCGUUGUUCGAGGUGUGUUUCCAGAUUGUGAAUCAGAUAAAAUUUUAACUUUACUUCCUGUUGACCCCACCAAAGUCAAGUCAACGUCAACAAGAGGAAAGUCGAAAAAUGUAGCAAAAAAUAACGACACAAAAACUCUUGAACCAAAACAAGGUAUAAAAUGCUUCACAAUAUUUGCUUCAGUGGCAGUGCACACGAGACAUGAAGUCGAGGUUCACAAUGAUUUCCCUCGAUUUCUGCUUAAAACAUUCUAUUUCAACACACCCUUCGGUUCAGUCUUGGCCAUACAGCCUUGUUUUCGCCGUUGAGUUCAUAGAGUUGCGAUAGAUAAUCUAAAAAACUCAUAUAUAAUUAGUUCAUCAGUAACAAAACAAAGGGCUCCAACGCUGAGAUCUCAAACAUGAAAACGAGGCUCCAUAGCCACGGCUAAGUACUUUCUGGAAGGGUGUAUUGUGUUUGUGGCUAAAAUUCGUCUUCAUUUUUAGUCGAUGUAGACGAAGUGAGGAGAAAAAGGGAACAGUUUUACUCAGCAAGGUUGGUUUCUUGCGUUAUAUUAGAGAAGUUCGGAUUUGACUUCCACCACCAUUAAGGCAUCAUUAAUCAAUCAGAUGCAUUUGAACUAUCCAAUUAACCAAUCAGAUGCAUUUGAACUAUCCAAUUAAUCAAUCAGAUGCAUUUGAACUAUCCAAUUAAUCAAUCAGAUACGUACUAAGCCAGUGAGAGGUAUAGUGAGUCAAAUCUAAACCUCUCUAUUCUUUGGUAGGACAAUGAAUACUUGCAGCUGAAGAGAGUUCUUAUGAUACUUUGUUAUAGAUUUAACAAUGAUUCAGGAACAUCAUCAUCUCAAACAAGUCAAACGAUCACUUCUCCUUCUCAAGGUAAAAAAUAUACUCAUCUCAUGUUUAGACAAUUUAACCAUACAGCAGUGUGAAUUCACAACUUGAAGACACAGUAAGUCACUAUCAUUGAUUCUAUUUGGCAAUUUACAUUCAGAACACUGAGGAUACCUCAAACCUUCACCCAAUAUGGUGAGGUAUUCUGACCAGGUGUGGUAUGUUCGUCUCAAUUUAUAACUAUUUUUUCAUUUCACAGAAGAAACAGAAGAAGAGAUGCUUCAAAGAGCUCUGGCACUUUCCCUAACUCAGGGCUGAUGAAGGUCUCAUAACAGCGCAUAAGAAAGAACACGGGAUGUCUGUAUUGGCCACAAUAGAACGCAGGAAUUACGGCUGGUUGAUGGUCACAGUAGGACACAAACAAAACAUUGAUAUGACUGCAGUUGGAUGGGAAUUAUUCAAAAAUUGGUAAAAAUCUAAGAAGUAUCAAUUAACUUCACGAUAAAAUGAACGUGUAAAGAUAUACAUUAUCAAAUAUUUGACAAAUAAAGAAGUCUGAAGUGUAGAUUUCAAAAACGUUUACAGCAGUAGAAAGAAAUGCAUGUACAUUGUAUUAUGGAAGACCUGUACUUUAAGGAAGUUCAAGUAUCAGAUUAAAAGUUUGAUUGGUCUAUACGCACUAUUCACUGUAAUCAAUGUGUGCAAAAAUGAGUUCGCUAAUAUACUAUCAUGGAUAUACAUAGUCGUAAAAAAUAUCUUAUAGAGUUUCGAGUUCAGUACAUGUCCACUUCUCUGUCACACUGGUCUACGUCUAUUGAGAUAAAUUAAAAAUGACUAGUGCCAGGUGCAUAUCUCAUAAAUUUUCUGAGGCUUGGCUUACUUUUUCGUACUAUUUCCGUCGCCAGGCUUUGAUUUUGUCUAUGCAUGCUUCACUGACAGACAUCAACAAGCCCCAUAACGAGACUAAUCACAUUUUUAGCCAGAAAAAUAGCAGAAUCAAAAUCGUAGUGGAACCACAACACUAGGCGAAUAACCAGGAAAGCCACAUUUAAAAUAAUUUGAAAAACAAGAGUACACGCUGCUGUUUUCUUACGUAGCUUCGGCUCGGCAUCAUCGUCAUCUUCGUCAAAUUUUACUUGGUGCACUUCGAGAAAAGAAAGCAGAAAGAACAAUAAUGCGGCGACUAGAACUGCAAUCUCCCAUCCCAUGGGUAUUUUGUCACAAAUGUCUUCAUGCAGGACUUCUAUCAUUUCAAUGCCAUCAAAAAGAUCCAUAACUAUCAUGAGAUAGAGUUGUUUCAAUGUCUCAGUUUUAUCCGUGACGGAGGUUAAUAAUAGCAACAUUAGUCCUGGGGUGAAACAUAGUGUUAUCUUCAGGAAUUUUGAGUCGAAGAAAGAAUGGUCGGUUGUUGUGUUGUUAACAUUAGGUGUGCAUAAACAUGUGGCUAUUUCUUGUUCUCGUAGCUUAUUGUCUUCGAUCACUGCCCGUCCAAAUAUCACACCAAUCAUUAUCACAAGCACACAGGAAUAUACUAACCAUACAGCACUCAAACGUUGUUUCAGUGUGUCACGACGCAAAAUUUCAAUCCAGAAGCCUACUGGUAUGAGAAGCAUCACUACUAAGCCAUAGAAACCAAGUUCAUCUUCAUGAUCAGCUACAAACUUCGACAACAGGACAUGUUGGGCAAUGAGGAACAGAACGAAGAAACCUCUGCUUACUAUAUAAAGCCCCAUUCUGUGAUUCGUAGAGUCGCGUUAUUAAAGAAAUACUGUGUGCGUACGAUACACGUUUACCGUACCUUUUACAAAAUGAAAAUGAAAGUCAUUUUAAAGGGACGUCAGUUAAGGGGACGUCCCAUUUAAUGAAGACGAUAUGUAUACAAGACAUUGCUAUGGAAAUAGGAAUGUUAUGCACAAUAAAUUCAGUUAAUCGCGCAAACCAAUCCAUCUCUAGGAUGUAUAACACACAAAACGGGCCUAUGGCUAUGUCAAUUUUUCAACAUUA